AUGGAGAAUCAGUCAAUCCAAUUCUGGUCUGGUCAUGAAACAGUAACUUAUGAAGAAGAAGACCCAUUUCAUGAUCUCUUCCCUAACCAGCUCUCCCCACUUCACUUCAGUGGAUACUACCCUCCACUGAAUUGGGAAUGGGACUGGGAAUUUCCUAUCCAUGAGAGUCUCUUUGAUCCUAUUCCUUUAAUUGAGAAUCUUCCCACUUACCCUUUAAUGAAAACCUUACCCACUAAUGGAGAGGAUUUGAUGAAAGAGACAGUUUUGUAUGGUAAUAGUAACAGAGAAGGUGGUGAGGAUUUGAGGAAAGAUAAGAGGAAGAGAUCAGACAGAGAACAGAAGACCAAUGGCUCUAGUGAGUUAACCAGAGAAGCGAUUUCCAGUUAUUUCUAUAUGCCAAUUACACAAGCUGCAAAGGAGCUUAAUGUUGGCUUGACCCUCUUGAAGAAGAGGUGUAGGGAAUUGGGUAUCAAUAGGUGGCCUCAUCGGAAGUUGAUGAGCCUCCAAACCCUAAUAAAGAACAUCCAGGAACUAAGAGAGGAAGGAGAAGAGAGUGAAGCACAUCUAAGGGAAGCAGUGGAGUUAUUAGAGCAAGAGAGGAAGCUAAUGGAGGAGAUGCCAGACUUACAGCUUGAGGAGAAGACUAAGAAGCUAAGGCAAGCAUGUUUCAAGGCCAACUACAAGAAAAGAAAACUUAGAGAGGGGUUGGAUUUGGGUUUGGGUAGUUCUCAAGAGCAAUUAGCCAUGUGUAGUAAUACUUCAUCUCUCAUGUUUUUGUAA